AUGGGAACCUUUUCGGUGUUUCCAGUUCCAUGGUUCACCGUCACUGCGCAAAACGUUUCUUUUAUUCGUUACGAUCCAGUACAGCUUUCCCUGCACAUCUCACCCACCUCGUAUGCAGUGAAGCUGCUCAGCCUUGCGCAUGUACCACAAGAGAACCGCGGCGCAAACCAAAGUGAAGUCAGUCUUGCUCGGAACUACUUAAGAACAAAAAGUUCUGGACUUCACCAACCGCAUAAUUCACCUUCCGGGAUAGGAUUUACACUCGCCCGCCACCUGUGCGAUUCACAGCCACUUCAACACUACAUCAUGAGCAGUAGGCAGAAUUACAACCGCCAUCGCCGGUCGCACUCUCCUCAAACAUCUAGCUUCGAAGAAGUUGAUUUUCAGCUCGCCUUGAAGCUGUCUGCUGAGUUGAAUGGAGACCUGGGCGGGCAUGCAGAAGCAAUAGCAGCCGCGUCAAAGCGACUAGCUGAUAACGAAGCCGACUUCGAAUUUGCUUUACGAAUGCAGUUCAACGACGAAGAAAGCCAGAAUGCUGAACAAUCACCUCCAUAUCCUCGAAAUGGAUCAGCCUCGUCUGCAGCUUCACGUCAAACGGUCACUGGCGACACCGAGGCUGUAAGUAGCGAGACAGAGGCUCCCGCCGGGAGAAAGUUUGAGACACUUUCGGCGUUCGUAACCUAUUUGAAAGCGAGCCAGUGUUCUAAUUGCAGCGAACGUUACUUCAAAUGUGAGUCAGAUGUGAGCAGUCUCUUCAAAGACUGGUACGAAGGGAAAGGUACACUCUCUUCGCUACUCACAUGCAAGACUUGUUCGAAUUUCUCCUGCAUCGCAUGCUCAACACCUAAUCCGAAGCGGUCUACGGUUCUCGUUGGGAACAAGUCAGUAUUCUGGUGUUGCGAGGAUGGCCGUCUGAUCCUCAUCUGGCUGUUACUUUGUGGCUUCGACAGCUUCUAUUGUUGGACAAAGAUCGAGGCUGCGAAUGAGGCGGAUAUGGCAAAAGCACAAUCUGAGCCUCAACCUCAACCUCUACCUCUACCAAAACCUGAAGGGAAAGGCAAGGGGAAAGCCAAACUUAUCCAGCAAAGUGGUGUUGGCUAUGGCGGUAGUGAAGGUUACUCAGGCUACAUGUCGUCAAUGGGUCUUGACGACUUCGAAUCUGACUUUGACGACGACGAUCUUUCGAAGAUUCAGUGGAGCACCUCGAAGCUGAAGAGCGCCAUAUUCAGAAAGACAGGACCUGGCAGAAAGCCACUCGACAAUAGAUCGCAAGCCCUCACUGCUCAACAAACUUUUGACAAGCUAGGCGCGAUAGUUCUUGGCCUUCUUCACUAUCUAUUGCCGUCUCUUGAUCGAAGCUAUCACUUCGACUUGGAUCCGCCAGCGACUGUCACAGAACUGCUCUUAGAGAGUAAAGUUCUAGACUAUUGUACCGAACUAUUGCGCAACGACUCGCUGGACGAUGCUUUUGCCCGAAAGUCAGCUUAUAGUGCACUUGUAGACUUUGUUCAAACCAUUGGUAUGCACUCUACUACGGCACACUUGACAGUCUUCACGGGAAAGCCACAAGAAGCUGAAUCAUGCAACUUACUCACGCGAUCGUUCUGCCGCGCUCAAGCCAGAUCGACUAUAUUGGCUCCAGCCAUUGCUGAAAGUCUGCGCGAUCUGAGUAAGCUUAGUGAUAUGCUGCUGAAGAACGCUGAGCAUUACGAGGCAAUUUACCAUGCUGGAGGCGACCAGGAGCUGCUAUCCCUGUGUCGGAGGAUCUCGACAUUAUGGAAAAGUCUCUCGGUAUACAUUCUGGCACCAAAUCUGGAUGUUUGCAGUGCUGAUGCGCCAAUCGUCUCCACGGAAAAAGUAGCUGCUAUCAGCGAUUUUGACGAUGAUCAUGUAUGCGCCACACAUGCGUUCGCAACGAUGGCAAAAGCGCAGUUCCGCUCGGGCCCCCGUCGCUUCAAACGUUUAAUCUCGGAGAUCAAUGUCUUAAAAUCCAGUUUACCCCCUGGAAUCUUCGUCCGACACGGAGAGUCCAGACUCGAUAUGAUGAAAUGCAUCAUCGUCGGUCCUGGAGACAGUCCAUAUGAGAACGGCCUGUUCGAGUUCGACUUCUACUGUCCUGUGGAGUAUCCAAACGUGCCACCAAUGGUUUCUUUCAAAGGGACCGGGGGUGGCGUGGCUAGCAUCAACCCGAAUCUGUACCCUGAUGGCAAGGUAUGCCUAUCCCUACUAGGUACUUGGUCUGGAGAACCUUGGAAGCCCAGAGAAUCAACGCUCCUCCAAGUGCUUGUCUCUCUUCAAGCUAUGGUCUUUUGUGAACAACCAUGGUACAACGAGCCGGGGCGCGAACGCAGCCAUGGCGUUGGCUACAAUAACAGUGCCUCUGAAGCUUACAAUCGCAAGCUGCGCGAGUUGACUGUGCGUUUAGCGAUGCUUAACUGGUUAGAGAAGCCCCCUCAGAUCUGGGAAGAUGUCGUGGGGCAGCACUUCCGAUCCAACGCAGACAGCAUCCUGCGGACCGUCAUCGAGUGGAGCAAGAAGUCAGCAUCUAGCACUCUGCCUUCAAUAUUUCCAAAUUUUCUAACCAAAUUCGGUGUCUCGGCUCCUGAGACUGGCUACGGCGCGGCGCUACCUGAACUACACCGGCACCUACUGAAGUAUGGUGCAGCUGUUGCACUUCCGGGUUUCCCCAAAGAGGACGUCGAGUCGAAGUCGAAGAAAGCAAGAGUCAAGGGAACAUACCCUGAGAACGCUCAUGAUACUGGCUCGCAGCCGCCUUCAAGUCAGUACUCAUCGUUUUUUGGAUUGGAUUCCAAUGCAUCCAACUUCGAUGACCAUGAGGCCGUGGACGACUGUGAGAUUCCCUUAGCCCCAGGCAUCGCCUCGAGCCAUAUUGCGGCCCAGGCAGCGCGUGGUGGGUAUAGAGGGUUCUCUCUUUACUACCAUGGCUACGGUUCUGGCGGCCGUGGACAAGUACCAGGCGCAGGGCCGGAUGUUCUCCCGUCAGCAUCGCCAAGCGGAUCAGAUCGUGGCCGUGGCCGUGGUCUUUCCGUCUCACGUGGCCGCGGAGCAGCCCCAGCUGACCGAAUCAGCCCGUUGCAUUCGUUUCGAGAGUCUGCGCAUGGCACUGGCCACAAGCUUGGCGAUGGGGAUGAUACAUCAAGCCGUGGCGGACGAGGCGGAGGCGGAAGCUCGAAAUCAUGA